CAGCCUCACCGCUCCUGCUGUUUGCCAACCGCCGGGACGUGCGGCUGGUGGAUGCUGGUGGCGUCAAGCUGGAGUCCACCAUCGUGGUCAGCGGGCUGGAGGAUGCAGCCGCUGUGGACUUCCAGUUCUCCAAAGGAGCCGUGUACUGGACGGAUGUGAGCGAGGAAGCCAUCAAGCAGACGUUCCUGAACCAGACAGGCGCUGCCGUGCAGAAUGUCAUCAUCUCGGGCCUGGUCUCCCCUGACGGCCUGGCCUGCGACUGGGUCGGCAAGAAGCUGUACUGGACGGACUCGGAGACCAACCGCAUCGAGGUGGCCAACCUCAACGGGACAUCCCGAAAGGUGCUCUUCUGGCAGGACCUGGACCAGCCUCGGGCCAUCGCCCUGGACCCUGCCCACGGGUACAUGUACUGGACGGACUGGGGUGAGACGCCCCGCAUCGAGCGGGCGGGCAUGGACGGCAGCACCCGGAAAAUUAUUGUGGACUCGGACAUUUACUGGCCCAACGGGCUGACCAUCGAUCUGGAAGAGCAGAAGCUGUACUGGGCCGACGCCAAGCUCAGCUUCAUCCACCGUGCCAACCUGGACGGCUCGUUCCGGCAGAAGGUGGUGGAGGGCAGCCUGACGCACCCCUUUGCCCUGACGCUGUCUGGGGAGACGCUGUACUGGACGGACUGGCAGACCCGCUCCAUCCACGCCUGCAACAAGAGGACGGGGGAGAAGAGGAAAGAGAUCUUGAGCGCCCUCUACUCGCCCAUGGACAUUCAAGUGCUCAGCCAGGAGCGCCAGCCACACUUCCACACACGGUGUGAGGAGGACAACGGUGGCUGCUCUCACUUGUGUCUGCUGUCCCCCCGGGAGCCUUUCUACACGUGCGCCUGCCCUACUGGGGUGCAGCUCCAGGACAAUGGCAAGACGUGCAAGGCAGGGGCCGAGGAGGUGUUGCUACUGGCCCGGCGGACAGACCUACGGAGGAUCUCGCUGGACACGCCGGACUUCACGGACAUCGUGCUGCAGGUGGACGACAUCCGGCACGCCAUCGCUAUCGACUAUGACCCGCUGGAAGGCUACGUCUACUGGACGGACGACGAGGUGCGGGCCAUCCGCAGGGCCUACCUGGACGGCUCGGGCGCACAGACGCUGGUCAGCACCGAGAUCAAUGACCCCGAUGGCAUUGCGGUCGACUGGGUGGCCCGCAACCUCUACUGGACUGACACGGGCACCGACCGCAUCGAGGUAACACGUCUCAACGGCACCUCCCGCAAGAUCCUGGUGUCUGAGGACCUGGAGGAGCCACGUGCCAUUGUGCUACACCCCAUGAUGGGCCUCAUGUACUGGACAGACUGGGGUGAAAAUCCCAAAAUCGAAUGCGCCCACCUUGAUGGACAGGAGCGGCAUGUCCUAGUGAACACCUCCCUCGGGUGGCCCAACGGACUGGCCCUAGACCUGCAGGAGGGAAAGCUGUAUUGGGGGGACGCGAAGACAGACAAGAUUGAGGUGAUCAGCGUGGAUGGGACCAAGAGGCGGACGCUGUUGGAGGACAAGCUCCCACACAUCUUCGGGUUCACACUGCUGGGAGACUUCAUCUACUGGACUGACUGGCAGAGGCGGAGCAUCGAGCGGGCGCACAAGGUCAAGGCGAACCGUGACGUCAUCAUCGACCAGCUGCCCGACCUGAUGGGGCUCAAAGCCGUGAACGUGGCCAAGGUCAUCGGAACCAACCCGUGUGCGGACAGGAACGGGGGCUGCAGCCACCUGUGCUUUUUCACACCCCACGCCACCAAGUGCGGCUGCCCCAUCGGCCUGGAGCUGCUGAGCGACCUAAAGACAUGCAUUGUCCCCGAGGCCUUCCUCGUGUUUACCAGCCGAGCCGCCAUCCACAGGAUCUCGCUCGAGACCACCAACAACGACGUGGCUAUCCCCCUCACGGGCGUCAAGGAGGCCUCCGCGCUGGACUUUGACAUGUCCAGCAAUCACAUCUACUGGACGGAUGUCAGCCUGAAGACCAUCAGCCGAGCCUUCAUGAACGGGAGCUCAGUGGAGCACGUGAUUGAGUUUGGUCUUGACUACCCAGAAGGCAUGGCUGUUGACUGGAUGGGCAAGAACCUCUACUGGGCUGACACCGGGACCAACAGGAUCGAAGUGGCCCGGCUGGACGGGCAGUUUCGACAGGUCCUUGUCUGGAGGGACUUGGACAACCCGAGGUCACUGGCCCUGGAUCCCACCAAAGGCUACAUCUACUGGACCGAGUGGGGCGGCAAGCCGAGGAUUGUGCGGGCCUUCAUGGAUGGGACCAGCUGCAUGACGCUGGUGGACAAGGUCGGCCGGGCCAAUGACCUGACCAUUGACUAUGCUGACCAGCGCCUCUACUGGACCGACCUGGACACGAACAUGAUUGAGUCGUCCAACAUGCUGGGCCAGGAGCGCAUCGUGAUUGCCGAUGACCUCCCGCACCCCUUCGGCCUGACGCAGUACAGCGACUACAUCUACUGGACCGACUGGAACCUGCAUAGCAUUGAGCGGGCCGACAAGACCAACGGACGGAACCGCACCCUCAUCCAGGGCCACCUGGACUUCGUGAUGGACAUCCUGGUGUUCCACUCCUCCCGACAGGACGGCCUCAAUGACUGCGUGCAGAACAACGGGCAGUGUGGGCAGCUGUGCCUCGCCGUCCCCGGCGGCCACCGCUGCAGCUGCGCUUCACACUACACCCUGGACCCCAGCAGCCGCAACUGCAGCCCACCCACAGCCUUCUUGCUGUUCAGCCAGAAAUGCUCCAUCAGUCGGGUGAUCCCCGAUGACCCCCACAGCCCGGACCUCAUCCUGCCGCUGCACGGGCUGAGGAACGUCAAGGCCGUCGACUACGACCCACUGGACAAGCUCAUGUACUGGGUGGAUGGGCGCCAGAACAUCAAGAGAGCCAAGGACGACGGGACUCAGCCCUACGUCUUGACUUCGCCUGGCCAGAGCUCAGACCGGCAGCCCCAUGACCUUAGCAUUGACGUCUACAGCCGGACGCUGUUCUGGACGUGCGAGGCCACCAACACCAUCAACGUCCACCGGCUGAGCGGGGAGGCCAUGGGCGUGGUUCUCCGUGGGGACCGAGACAAGCCCAGGGCCAUCACCGUCAACGCGGAGCGAGGGUACCUGUACUUCACCAACAUGCAGGACCGCACGGCCAAGAUUGAGCGUGCUGCUCUGGAUGGCACGGAGCGCGAAGUCCUCUUCACCACUGGCCUCAUCCGCCCCGUGGCCCUCGUGGUGGACAACAGGCUGGGCAAGCUCUUUUGGGUGGAUGCAGACCUGAAGCGCAUUGAGAGCUGCGACCUGUCAGGGGCCAACCGCCUGACCCUGGAGGACGCCAACAUUGUGCAGCCCGUGGGCCUGGCCGUGCUUGGCAGCCAUCUCUACUGGGCUGACCGCCAGCAGCAAAUGAUCGAGCGCGUGGAGAAGACCACCGGGUACCAGCGGACACGCGUACAGGGCCGGAUUGCCCACCUCACCGGCAUCCAUGCCGUGGAGGAAGUCAGCACGGAGGAGUUCUUGGCCCACCCGUGUGCCCGGGACAAUGGCGGCUGCUCUCACAUCUGCAUCGCCAAGGGCGACGGCACACCGCGUUGCUCGUGCCCUGUCCACCUGGUGCUCCUGCAGAACCUCCUUACCUGUGGUGAGCCCCCCACGUGCUCCCCUGACCAGUUUGCAUGCGCCACGGGUGAGAUCGACUGCAUCCCUGCGGCCUGGCGCUGUGACGGCUUCCCUGAGUGCGACGACCAGAGCGACGAGGACGGCUGCCCCGUGUGCUCAGCCGCCCAGUUCCCGUGCGAGCGUGGCCAGUGCGUGGACCUGCGCCUGCGCUGCGAUGGCGAGGCCGACUGCCAGGACCGCUCGGAUGAAGCUGACUGUGAUGCCAUCUGCCUGCCCAGCCAGUUCCGGUGCGCCAGCGGCCAGUGCGUGCUCAUCAAGCAACAGUGCGACUCCUUCCCCGACUGCAUGGACGGCUCAGACGAGCUCAUGUGUGAAAUCACCAAGCCACCUGCGGAUGACACCCUGACCCACAGCAGUGCCAUCGGACCAGUCAUUGGUAUCAUUCUCUCGCUCUUCGUCAUGGGUGGCGUCUAUUUCGUAUGCCAGCGUGUGGUGUGCCAGCGCUAUGCGGGGGCCAACGGGCCCUUCCCACACGAAUAUGUCAGCGGGACCCCCCACGUGCCCCUCAACUUCAUAGCCCCAGGCGGUGCUCAGCACGGUCCCUUCACAGGCAUCUCAUGCAGCAAGUCCAUGAUGAACUCGGUGAGCCUGAUGGGGGGCCGGGGCGGGGUGCCCCUCUACGACCGGAACCAUGUCACCGGGGCCUCGUCCAGCAGCUCGUCCAGCACCAAGGCCACGCUCUACCCACCGAUCCUGAACCCACCACCGUCCCCUGCCACAGACCCCUCCUUGUACAACAUGGACACGUUCUACUCUUCAAACAUUCCUGCCUCCACAAGACCAUACAGGCCUUAUAUCAUCCGCGGCAUGGCGCCCCCUACGACACCCUGCAGCACCGACGUGUGUGACAGCGACUACAGCGCCAGCCGCUGGAAGGCCAGCAAGUACUACCUGGACCUGAACUCGGACUCAGACCCCUACCCGCCCCCGCCCACGCCCCACAGCCAGUACCUGUCGGCGGAAGACAGCUGCCCACCAUCGCCCGCCACAGAGAGGAGCUACUUUCACCUCUUCCCACCCCCGCCGUCCCCCUGCACGGACUCGUCCUGACCUCGGCCGGCCGCCCCGGCCUCUCUGCGCCUCUGUAAAUAUUUUUAAAUAUGAACAAAGAAAAAAUAUAUAUUUUAUGACUUAAGAAAAAAAUAUAGUUGGGAUUUUAAAUGCAAGAAAUGUGAACAUGAUGGGGUGGACAGGGCUGGGAGAACUUUGUACAGUGGAGAAAAUAUUUAUAAAUUUAAUUUUUUUAAACGUAA